CUAGCGGGGAUUCAUAUGGUGACGCUUCACGUGUACGCAUGCGUAACCCGCUCACAACUGGCAUCACAAAAGAUCAUCACGCCUCGCCAACAAACCCGCAGUUUGAGUCUGAAUCUCGUGGAGUUCGAAUCUCUUUCAUCAGCGAAGAAGUCUACUACACAACUGAACAACAUGGCUAUCUCACUUUCUACGGAAGAUAAAUUGGAGUAUCAGUUCUAUCCCGUCACUAGUGGACAAAUUCAAUUUCGUGUGAAGACAGCUAAUGAUGCUCACGUUGCUCUUACUACUGGUCCAACUGAGGGAGAUCCUAUGUAUGAGGUCUUCAUUGGCGGUUGGGGUAACAGCAAAUCUGUAAUACGUAAGAAUAGAUCCAAACCGGAAGUUGCUGAAGUUGAAACACCUGGUAUAUUAACUGCCGAUGAAUUCCGUGGUUUUUGGAUCAGAUGGGACGGUGGUAACAUCACCGUGGGUAAGGAAGGCGAGGGCAGUCCGUUUUUGAGUUAUCAAGAUCCGGAACCAUUUGGAAUUGGUUACUUUGGUGUUUGCACCGGUUGGGGCGCUACUGGCGAGUGGCUCAUUGAAGGUCGUAAAACAUUGAGAACCCCCGACGAGCUGUCCUACAAAUUUCAUCCUGUAAGAAGUGGAGCAGUGUCAAUUGAAGUGAAGGCCAAGAGCAAUGCUCAUAUCGCCCUGACAAACGCCAAAGGCGAGACAAGUCCAAUGUAUGAAAUUAUGAUCGGCGGAUGGGAAAAUUCAGCGUCUGUCAUCAGAUACAAUCGCACGCAGCCCGACAAGGUGCGCGUAGAUACAAAGGGCAUUCUGAAUUCCAAUGAAUACAAGAAAUUCUCUAUCUCUUGGCUCGAUGGCCAUAUUGUGGUCAAAACCGGAAAUCAGAGUGGUCCAGUGCUUCUGGACUGGCACGAUCCCAAUCCUAUAGGCGUGAGCUAUAUCGGUGUACGUACUGGUUGGGGUUCUACGGGCAAUUGGAAUCUUCGAUUCGAACCUCAUGCAGCUCAUGGUGGCUCAGGAGCAGCAACUCCCAGUAAACAUCCACAAAGACCUUCCGCGCCAUCAGCUCCGGCAGCAUUCCAAGCGGGAACUGCAUGCUGGGUAGACGCUUCCGGCGGUAUGGUACCUCCUGGUGCAAUUGUAGGAGGACAGGACGACGAGCCGUUGUACGUUGGUCGUGCCUAUCACGAGGGUGCUCUUAUACCUGGCAAGGUCAAGCCAGGUCAUGCUGUAUGUUACAUACCAUGGGGCGGUGCCGAGCAUGGAAAAUCUGACUACCAAGUUCUCUGUGGAGGAAACGUAGCGUGGAUACCAACCUCUGGAGGAAAUGUUCCACCAAAUGCUAUUCCUGGUGGCGAAACCGAAGACGGUGAACCUCUCUUCAUUGGACAUGUUACGCACGAGGAUGGCGUUGUUACCGUUGGAAAGGUACAACCGUCCCACAAGGUGCUCUACGUUCCAUAUGGUGGUGGUGAAGUCGGAUUCGACGAGUAUGAAAUUCUGGUUUCCCAUUAAAAGCGAUAUGAAAGCAUUCUGAACCUUGUCGCUGAAACAUUGCCGAUUACCACCGAUGAAUUUUGGAAUUCAGGAAGAUUCAAACAACGUUUUUAAAUAGAUUGUGGAUUUUGAUCUGUCGCAUAUUGUACAACGAGAAAAGAACCGCAAGUGUCUUACGCAAUCGCGGACGUAUUAUUUAUUUAGAAAACUAUAUAUAUAUGUAUGUAUGUACUUGUUAUUAAAUAUCACAAAGAUAUUCUACAUGAAACAUAAUAUACGUACGAUAUCGAAGACGUACAGUGAAAUUCUAUUCCAGCGUUCAUCGAUUGCGAAUCGUCUUUGCAACAAUAGCAGCUUUCGCAUAUAUAUAUAUAUAAAUAUAUAUGUGUAGAUAUAUAUCCCUGAGGAAACAAUAGCGCCGUAGAGAUGGCGAUUGCCAUGCAAUUAUAUUGCUCGGUUAAUGUUGUUAAUCACCUACAAACCCACCAUGCACAAGAAGAAAUGUUAUUUAAUUAUAUUAUGCGGCGACAUGUAAACAUAUAUUUUACCUUGAUAUACGCGUAGCUUUUAACGCACAAGAAGUAUUGCUUUGUCAAAAAUAUUUUGCAAUUGUAUACUAUAACUUAAGGAUAAAUAUAUAUGAAUAAAAUACA